UUUGGGUAACCUGUUCAAGGUAUGAGCUACUAGUCAGAUGUUCCAUCCACACGAAGUGGGCCGCAGCCAUUGGAAUUGUAACCUAUAACCAGUUACUUUCCACACCUGCACAGAGGUUAAAAUCAAGGACGAACACCGACAUGCUAAGCUCCAGCACACAGGACCUUCUCCUCGCCACAGUUGGACUGUCCGUGAUUUGUAAUACACUCGUGGUGCAGCUGGUCGGCCCCUGGCUGCUGCAGCUGUUUUUCCGUGAAAGGUUUUCCCGCUUGUCUCUCUCCAAACAGCAGUGGCUGAGAAAGCUGACCAUGAGCAUAAUGUCGUCAGCCAUUGUGGGUUCCACGGCAGUGUUGACGCAUCUGUCAGAACAACUGGAUCCCAGACAUCUUAGGCAUGACGUUCCAGCUGUAAGCUUCAACUGUGCCUUCAUGCUGGGCCACACACUAACAGAUACGCUGGCUCACACAUUCAUCAGAACCCCCACAAUGACAAACUAUUUGCAACUGAUAGUACAUCACAUCAUCACCUUGGGAGCAAGCUUCGCCGGCACUUUCUCCAGUUCACUGCCGUACUACGUCAACAUUGGGCUGAUGAUGGAAGUGUCCACUGUGUUCUACUGCUCAGGAAUCAUGAUGAAGGAGCUGAGUUAUCCAAGGUUGUACCUAUUAGUCAUCUUUGCCUUCUUGAUGACGUUCUUUUGCACGAGGAUCAUCUUUGGAUUCUGCAUCUUCUGGUACCACCUGAUGCCUCUGAUGCUGACCACACAGUUCUACCAGCUGGGUGUGCCCGUACUGCUCGCAUGUCUCGGCUGUUUCCCUGUCCUCCAGCUGCUGAACCUGGUCUGGUUUCCCCUGGCGUGCCGGCGGCUCAUACGGGAAUGGAGAGUUAUCAACAUGCCGGAAUCAAGCUUAGUGGAGAACAAUGUCAAACAUAGCAAAAAUGCCUGAAUUAACCACUGCUGAGUAUACUGAGUAUAUGUUAUAGUAUUGUAAUCGAGAUUAAAGAAAGGAUUCAUUCAGCCAUUAAUUCAUUCAUUCAAGAAAUAUUUACAUUCACAAAUGAAUAGAUUUAAGAUUUAAACAGCGAAAGUAAAGUAAAAGUAAAUAUCCCACCUCUAUAGAUACUAGGAGGGAAACACGUACUAUAUAAGUCGAGAAAAUGUUAGGAACAGUUUGUUUUGAAGACCUCACAGAUUAAAGAUGUCGAAUGUUGUUAGAUUAGUUUGUUUAGACCGUGAAA